AUCUAUGGUCAUCAUUCUGGCCACUGUUGUCACCACUAUUACAUCCAUAUCUAUGUCCGCCAUUUGCACCAAUGGAGAAGUAAGAGGCGGCGGAACUUAUUAUAUGAUCAGUCGGUGUUUAGGUAACAUUAUUAAGCUAUUCAGCCGGCCUGAGUUCGGCGGUGCGAUUGGUGUUAUCUUUUCACUGGCGAACGCAGUGGCCGUCGCUAUGUAUUCGGUCGGCUUCGCUGAGGCCUUAAGAGAUCUGCUUUUGGACAACGGCGUUUCCAUAUUGAAUGGUGGGCUAAACGACGUGCGAAUUAUAAGUUGUUGCGCUGUAAUAGCAAUGCUUUGCAUCGCUUUGAUUGGAACCGAAUGGGAGACAAAGGCUCAAAUAGUUUUGCUGAUAAUCCUAUUGACAGCAAUGUUUGAUUUUCUCAUCGGAGCAGUCAUUCCGCCCAAUGAUACUAAAAAGUCAAAGGGAUAUAUCGGAUGGUCGGGUGGGUCUCCAAGCGAAUCCUUUUUCUCUGUGUUUUCGGUCUUCUUUCCGGCGGCCACUGGAAUACUCGCCGGCGCUAACAUAUCAGGCGAUCUAAAAGACCCCCAGUCGAGUAUACCGAAGGGCACACUACUGGCCAUUGCCAUUACAACGUUUAGUUACUUAUUAUUCUUGUUUAUAUGCGGGGCGACAGUUGUGAGAGACGCCAAUGGUAUCGAAGGAAUAGUAACCGACAAUACAAUGGAUUUGAUAAAAAUGUUGUCCAAUUGUACCACAAAUGAAGAGAAAGUGUGCGAAUUUGGUUCCGCCAAUAAUUAUCAGAUAAUGGAAUUGGUUUCAGCGUUUGGUCCUCUUAUAUAUGCCGGUAUAUUCGCGGCCACUCUGUCCUCAGCUCUGGCGAGUUUAGUGAGUGCUCCCAAAGUAUUUCAAGCGCUCUGUAAAGACAAACUGUUCCCAUAUAUUGAGUACUUCGGCAAAGGGUUUGGAAAGAACAAUGAGCCGCGAAGAGGCUAUAUGUUGGCCUUUAUUAUAGCCCUUUUAUGUUGCGUUAUUGGAGACCUCAAUGCAAUCGCGCCAAUCAUAUCAAACUUCUUUUUGGCCGCAUAUUGUUUGAUCAACUUUUCAUGUUUUCACGCGUCGUUCGCUAAAUCGCCCGGUUUUAGGCCCGCAUUUAAAUUCUAUAAUAUGUGGCUCAGUCUUCUCGGAGCCAUACUCUGUCUUAUCGUUAUGUUUAUAACCCAUUGGUCCACAGCUUUGGGCACUUUUGUUAUCAUAUUAGGACUAUAUCUUUGGAUUCUAUAUAGAAAACCAGAUGUCAAUUGGGGCUCAUCUACUCAGGCACAGACCUAUUUGAGGGCUUUGAAUUCAGUCUAUCGUUUGAAUUUAGUGCCCGAUCACGUCAAGAAUUUCAGUACUGAUGGAUUGAAGACCGACAAUGCGGUCAAAUUAGGUUGGAUUCAAGGAGUUCUUGUUCGGUGUCUUCUGAAUAUAUGGGGUGUUAUGCUAUUUAUGCGCCUGUCAUGGGUGACCGCUCAGGCAGGUAUUGGUCUCGGAUCUAUGGUCAUCAUUCUGGCCACUGUUGUCACCACUAUUACAUCCAUAUCUAUGUCCGCCAUUUGCACCAAUGGAGAAGUAAGAGGCGGCGGAACUUAUUAUAUGAUCAGUCGGUGUUUAGGUAACUUAUUAUUAAGGCCUGAGUUCGGCGGUGCGAUUGGUGUUAUCUUUUCACUGGCGAACGCAGUGGCCGUCGCUAUGUAUUCAGUCGGCUUCGCUGAGGCCUUAAGAGAUCUGCUUUUGGACAACGGCUUUUCCAUAUUGAAUGGUGGGCUAAACGACGUGCGAAUUAUAAGUUGUUGCGCUGUAAUAGCAAUGCUUUGCAUCGCUUUGAUUGGAACCGAAUGGGAGACAAAGGCACAAAUAGUUUUGCUGAUAAUCCUAUUGACAGCAAUGUUUGAUUUUCUCAUCGGAGCAGUCAUUCCGCCCAAUGAUACUAAAAAGUCAAAGGGAUAUAUUGGAUGGUCGGGCCAACUUAUUGUUGAGAAUUUUAUGCCCCGUUUUGAAGGCGAAUCCUUUUUCUCGGUGUUUUCGGUCUUCUUUCCGGCGGCCACUGGAAUACUCGCCGGCGCUAACAUAUCAGGCGAUCUAAAAGACCCCCAGUCGAGUAUACCGAAGGGCACACUACUGGCCAUUGCUAUUACAACGUUUAGUUACUUAUUAUUCUUGUUUAUAUGCGGGGCGACAGUUGUGAGAGACGCCAAUGGUAUCGAAGGA